CUGGCGCCUUGCGCAUGCGCGCUGAGACCCGCUUGUAGAGUAACUCAGGGUCGCCAUUAUGGAUCCAGUCUGGAGGCAGCAGGGCCGAGGUCGGGGUCAGGGGAGAGGUCAGGUGACCAGUAACCCCUCAUCAGGACGUGCACGUGGAGCUGUGGGGUCACAGGUCAAAGCGUCGUCUCAGUCUAGGUUUGAUGAGAUCCAGAGGUCUGACCGGGCGGCCGCUCAGAGACUGACCACAGACACGUACAGCUCUUCCUCUGAGGAUGAUGAUGAGGAUGAUAGUGAAGAUGGAGGGAAGCGGGGGAAGAUUCUUCAGUCGGCUCUGUCUCCAUAUGCCUCUCACACAGGUGACACCGAUGUCCGUCUUCUGGAGCAAACACGCCAUUAUUUACAUGAAGUGUGUCAGUCUGGAGGAGUUACGUGUCUCAUCUGCAUCGCUUCUGUCAGAAGGACACAGCCGGUUUGGAGCUGUGUGGGCUGCUACUGUAUCUUCCACAUAACCUGCAUUCAGAAAUGGGCCAAAGACUCCAUCUUCCUGGUGUCCUCAGUGACCGACGAGGAUUUUGGGAAAAAGGAUCACCCGUGGCCAUGCCCAAAGUGCAGGCAUGAGUACAGUCCUCAUCAGACGCCCACUCGCUACUACUGUUACUGCGGGAAAGAGGCGGAGCCUGCACCAGACCCCUGGCUCCUCCCACAUUCCUGUGGCCAGGUGUGUGGCCGAGAGUUCAAACCUUCAUGUGGACACCACUGCCUGCUGCUAUGUCAUCCAGGUCCGUGUCCCCCCUGCCCACAGAUGGUAAGUGUGUCAUGUCUGUGUGGGAAAUCAUCUCGUGUUCCUCGCCGCUGCAGUGCUAAAGCUUGGAGCUGCACCAAGAUCUGUGGACGGAAACUGCCGUGUCGAAUACACACCUGUGCAAACAGCUGUCACGCAGGUGAGUGUGCGGCGUGCCCAAGGGUCAGUCUGCAGGCGUGUGCGUGUGGCCGACAGCGGGCAGAGAGGCCCUGCGCCAGUCCAGAGUGGCACUGUGACCAGGUGUGUGGUCGUCCGCUGUCCUGUGGGAAUCACACGUGUGAGCGUGUGUGUCACGCAGGUGUGUGUGGAGAAUGUCCUCGAGCAGGAAAUCGCUCCUGUUCUUGUGGAAAGACAAAGAGUGUGUUGCCAUGUACUGUGGAUGUUCCCACCUGUGGAGACACCUGCGGGAAGAAGCUGGACUGUGGUUUACACACCUGCUCAAUGCGCUGCCACAGAGGAGCCUGUGAGACCUGCCGACAGGAAGUAGAAAAGACCUGUCGAUGUGGUCGUUACAGCAAACUCUUGCCUUGUCAUAAAGAAUAUCUCUGUGAGUCCAAAUGUAACAAGACCCGGGCCUGCAGCAGACACCAGUGCAAGAGGAAGUGUUGUCCAGGAAACUGUCCUCCGUGUGACAUGAACUGCGGUCGCAUGUUGGGCUGCAGGAACCACAAAUGCCCGUCUGUGUGCCAUCAAGGCAGCUGUUAUCCAUGUCCUGAGAUGGUCAAGGUUGGUUGUGAGUGUGGCUCCACCGCAAUCUCUGUGCCCUGUGGGAGAGAAAGAAGCACCAAACCGCCACGCUGUAAAGAGCUCUGCAAGAAACCUCCGUCAUGUCAUCACACGUCUCAGGAGAAGCACCGCUGUCACUUCGGCCCGUGCCCGCCCUGUAAGCAGCCCUGUCAGCUGACGUUAGCAGGCUGUGUGCACUUGUGUCCCGCCCCUUGUCACGACCAGGUGCUGGUUAAAGCCACUGACCGGGCUAACUUGGCUGGUCCGUGGGAACAACCCUCGACUCCUGCGUUUGUGUGUACGGCUCUACCAUGUCCUCCCUGCUUGGUUCCCAUACCAACAGCCUGUCUGGGAGAACAUGAGGUAAGUCCGGUACCAUGUCAUGCUCGCGGGCCGUUCUCCUGCGGUCGAUUGUGUGGACGAACUCUAUCUUGUGGUAAUCACACAUGCAGUCUGGAGUGCCAUCAUGUGACCCCCGCACCCAACGUCGAUAAGACUAUGGCUGGUCAGGAGUGUGUGCGCUGUGAGGAGGGCUGUGUGAAGCCCCGUCCUGCAGGCUGUGCGCACCCGUGUGUCCUGCCCUGCCACCGCUCCGCCUGUCCUCCCUGUCGGCUGAUGCUCCGCCAGCGCUGCCAUUGCAAGAUCUCCAGCCUCUACAUCGAGUGUCUGAAGUUUACAUCUGCUGAUGAACAAGGCAAACAGCUGCUGAUGUCCUGCCAAAAUCAGUGUCCAAAACAGCUGCUGUGUGGCCAUCGCUGUAAGCUUCUGUGUCAUGCCGGCGAUUGCGACCAGAACUGCGGUCAGAAAGUGAAGAUCAGGUGUCCCUGCAAGAGGAUCAAAAAGGAUUUCCCCUGCUCUCGUGUGCAGUCGCAGGACAGUUUGCUGGUGUGUGAUGAGACGUGUCGAGCGCUGCAGAAGAAACAUGCUGAGGCUUGUGCGGCGGAGGAAAGAGCCCUGCUGGAGGGAGAGAUGAGGAAACAGCAGGCUGAACUGGAGGCGUUCGAGAAACGACAGAAAGGACGUCGGAAGAAGAACCGGAAAGUCACCGAGGUGGAGAUGGAGGAGGGGGUGUGGCACAGAUAUAAGCUCCGCCUCCUGCUGCCCAUCUGUGGUGUUCUAUUGGCCGCAGCAGCUGUCUAUCUGCUGAAGCUGACCAAUGAGGUGACGGACAGUGAGACCGCUGGACAGUAAACACACCUCAGCUACACAAACAUGAGCGUCUGCAGUUUCCUCAAUAUGGCAGACGGUUUUCUUGAUUUUAUGAAUUAAAACUCUGAUUUUGGAGGCUUCUCCUCUGUUAAAGGGGCAGUUCACCCAAAAACUCAACAUCCAGUCAUCAUUUACUCACACUUUACUUGAUCCAAACCUCUGUUUACUCUCCCUGAAGCAGGUUUAAACCUUUAUUAGUUUCUUUCUUUUUGUUAAACACACAAUCUAUGUGUGUGUGGUUGUCUGUGUGUGUGUGUGUGUGUGUGUGUAUGUGUUUGUUUGUGUUUGUAUGUAUGUGUGUGUGUGUGUGUUUGUGUUUGAUUGUUUGGGUGUGUGUGUGUUUGUUUAUCUGUGUGUGUGUGUGUGUGUGUGUGUGUGUGUGUGUGUUUCUUUGUGGGUGUUUUUGUUAGAUUUUUUUGUGGAUAUGUUUGUCUAUCUGUCAUUGUGUGUGUGGGUGUGUUUGUCUGUUUGUUUGUCUGUGUGUGUGUUUGUUUAUCUGUCUUUGUGCGUUUGUAUGCGAGUGUGUUUGUCUGUCUGUUUGUUUGUGUGUGUGUGUGUGUGUGUUUGUUUGUUUGUUUGUGUUUGUAUGUAUGUAAGUGUGUGUGUGUUUGAUUGUUUGGGUGUGGGUGUUUGUUUAUCUGUGUGUGUGUGUGUGUUUGUUUGUGGGUGUGUUUGUUUGAUUUUUUUGUGGAUGUGUUUGUCUAUCUGUCAUUGCGUGUGUGGGUGUGUUUGUGUGUGUGUUUGUGUGUGUGUGUGUUUGUUUAUCUGUCUUUGUGCGUUUGUAAGUGAGUUUGUUUGUUUGUCUGUUUGUCUAUCUGUGUUUCUGUGUGAGUGUCUGUUUGUGUGUGUGUGUGUGUGGGUGUGUUUGUUGGAUUGUUUGUGUGUGCUUGUCUAUCUGUCUUUCUGUGGGUGUGUUUGUGUGUGAGUGUGUUUGUCUGUGUGUGUGCGUGUUUGUUUGUUUGUUUAUCUGUGUUUGUGAGCGUGAGUUUGUGUGUGAGUGUGUUUGUUUGUUUGUGUGCGUGUUUGUUUGUUUGUUUGUUUAUCUGUGUGUGUGUGUGUGAGUGUGUUUGUGCAUGUUUGUGUAUGUUUGUUUGUGUCUGUGUGUGUUUGUUUAUCUGUCUUUGUUUGUGUGGGGGGGUGUUUUUGUGUUUGUGUGUGUUUGCUUAUCUGCCUCUGUUUCUGUGUGUGCGCGUGUUUGUGUGUGUGUUUGUUGGUUUGUUUAUCUGUUCUUGUUUGUGUGUGUGUGAGUGUGUUUGUGUGUGAGUGUUUAUCUGUCUUUGUGUGUUUAUGUUUGUUUGUGUGUUUGUGCGUGCCUGUGUGUGUGUGUAUGUUUGUUUUUGGGUCUGUUUGUGUAUGUUUGUUUGUGUGUCUGUUCAUGUGUCUCUGUGUCUGUGUGUGAGGAGUAUAUGGAGCGACACAGGAACUGCUCAUGGAGUUGUGGGUCUCUUCUGUUAAACACAAAAGUAGAUAUUUUGAAGAAUGUUGUAAUCAUUAACUUCCACAGUAUUAUUCAUUUGUGUUCAACAGGAGAAAGAAACUCAGGUUUGUAAGCUCUUGAAGGAGGGUAAAUAGUGAGUAAAUGGUCACUCUUGGGUCAACUAUCCCUUAGAGAAUAACAGUUCAGAUAUGAUACUAGUUAGAUGCGUAUUAGUUAAUUAGUCGUUAAUAUUUGACCAUGAAGACGGAUGUUGCCGUGCCUCACUUAAAUUAUAACUGUGACGUUGAUUUAAAGCUCCAUGAUUUUAGUUCCAUUAUUUGAAGAAAAUGACGUUUGGUUGAUGUAACUUGACAAAUAAAAGACUUGUGCUCUGAGAUCUAUCGCGAAACUAAUGUUUGACAAUUAAAAUAAACUCAAAGGCUGAUAUUCAUUAGAGGUU